AGAGAAUUAGAGAAUCGGAGAAAACUUGCAAGCUGCUGUGCUGUCUUCGCUGGCGGUAGCUGACAGUCCGUUGCUAUGGCAACUGUGGAGUUGUGACGUGUCGGUGACGUCACAGAGCACGGUAUAUAAAUUGAGAAUGACAAAGAGCUCAGGCGAGUUUGAGGGUAAGUUUACAACUAUAGGCUAGACGCCAGUCCUAUUGAGUCUCUUGAUACAGUUUAUAGACACAAACAGUCCGUUUGAAAACUACGUUGUUAAAUACUGAUUAUUGAUCUGUCAGUGUCAGUAUCAGAACACCAGACACAAUGUCCACAGAGGUGAGAGAGGUGCUUCUGGAGGUUUACCUCAACGGCGCCUUCUACUCGGGGGAAAGUUACUGGGCAUCAGAUGAUAAAGAUGUGCAGCUGGGGUUUGAGAUCUCUGAUGCCAUCUACGACCUUCUCGGCUGCAGCGCAUCUCAAGAGAUAGAUGUGCAGCUGGAGGUUGUGACGGACGAUCACGUCUCAGUCGGUUACUGCAGUCCAGGAGAGAUGCACGUGCAACUGGAAGUUGAUGAAAAUGAGGACAUCUCAGUCUGUGAAGUGAAAGAUUUGCAGCUGGAGAUGAACAGGAACGGCAGCGUCUCUGAGCUGAAGAGCCCUGCGCUGGUGUCUGAAGGUCUGAGUGACCCAGAGGCCACUGAUCAGGAGAACAGCCCGACAGAAAGCACUGCUGUGUGGAUGUUCAAGAAAAUAAGUGCAGUCUUCCAGCGAUUGACUGCAAUCUUCCAGACAAAUGCACUGAAUGCUGUUGGGGAACCUGAAGUGUAUCUUCUUGAUCCAGAGGAAUCAUGUGUCCCCGAUCAAAGUGCUCCCGAGCCAGAAACCGAAACUGAUCUGGUCGAUAUCGAGCAAUCGUGUGUCCCAGAUCCCAGCAUUCCUGAGCCAGAACCUGAAGUGGAUCUUCUUGAUCCAGAGGAAUCGUGUGUCCCAGAUCCAAGCGCUCCCAAACCAGAACCUGAAAUGGAUCUGGUCGAUACAGAGCAAUCAUGUAUCCCUAAACCUGAAGUGGAUCUGGUUGAUCCAGAGGAAUCGUGCGCACCAGAUCCAAGUGUUCCCGAGCCAGAACCUGAAGUGGAUCUGGUUGAUCCAGAGGAAUCAUGUGCACCAGAUCCAAGUGUUCCCGAGCCAGAACCUGAAGUGACAUCAGAGCUUUCAAGGUUGGAAAACUACAUCCGUCUAAACGUGUCCCAGCUGGAGGAUCGUUUGAGGGAAUGUACACUGUCCAAGACUCCUGUCACUGAGGUCUGGCCCAGGGUCUUCAUUGGAAAUGAAGAGACUGCAUGGGACCGAGAUAAACUGAAGGAGAUGGGAAUUACGCAUAUCCUAAACGCUGCAGCGCCCAAGAAGGACCUGAAGUUCUUGUUGGGAAUGGCAAGCCAGAAAGACCUACUAGGAACGGUCAAUACAGGGUCCAGAUAUUACAGAGGCAUGAAUAUCACUUACUGUGGCUUGCCUUCGUUCAGACACUGGGCCAACAUCAGCAAGUGCUUCUUGCCAGCAGCCAAAUUUAUCCAUAAGGCCUUGAGGAACCCAACAAGUAAGGUGUUGAUUCAUUGCACACAGGGCCUCAGCCACUCGGCGACUCUGUUUCUGGCUUAUCUGAUGAUCUGCCAUGACAUGAUGGUGGAGGAGGCCAUUGAUCACGUCAUAAAGGUUCCUGCAGACUGUGCCCAGUCCCGGGACAGUGGACACAGACCCCUGGAGGACUUGGAAAUGGAGGAACCUCUCAGUGUCACUCGUCCACUCACUGCUGACUGGCAUCUGGGCCGUUACCUGGUGAUCUGGUGUUUCGUGUAUGCUGUGUUCACUCAUCAGUAUGUGGCAGGUGCAGUGGUGGCUUUAUUUGUGGAGGUGAACAGUGUGUUCCUACACACACGUUUAUUGCUCAAACUGGCUAAGGUGGCCCACAACUCUUUCAUCUACACUGUUAACAAACUGUUCAAUGUGGUGACCUACGUGACCUUCCGGCUUGGAGCACAGUUUUACCUCACCUGGUACUUAAUACACCACUACUCUUCGUUGGAUCAUGCCCUCUACUUCCUGAUAACCAUGAUGCUCAUGAACAUCAUGAUUCUCAUCUACUUCUACCGCCUCCUCCGAACCGACUUCUUUAGCAAGGGGCGUCCUCACAAUAGUGGUCGUAAAUUUGCUGAGGACUAGACCAACAGAGGCUGAUGUCAAUCAGUCAUAAACCAAAGACUGCAUUCAAGUGACUGUUAACACAAAAUUUAUCCAUAGGAUGCAUGUGCUGAAUGAGCAAACCUCACCAGAGAGAGUCUGAUGUGAAUCGGAGACAUUUAAAGAGUUUUCACAUGUUAGAAUAAAACUUAAACUCAAUAAACAACUUUAUCUGAUCUGUUAGCACAGAUGGGUUUUUGCACUUCAAAGUGAUUUUCUUGCUCAGUAUCUUGUUUUUCGGUACAAGUGUCUAAACAUUCAUACAUCAUGAAACAUUUACUUCAGCAAAAUUACUUUAGAUUUUAAAGGAUUAGUUCACCCAAAAAUGAAAAUGUGCUGACGAUUUACUCAACUUCUGGAGAUCCAAGAUGUAGAUGAGUUUGUUUCUUCAUUGGAACAGAUUUGGAGAAAUUUUGCAUUACAUUACUUGUUCACCGAUGGAUCCUCUGCAGUGAAUGGGUGCCGUCAGUAUCAUAGACGUGUAUAGGGUCAGAAGGAGUUUACAGCUGAUAAAAACAUCACAAUAAUCUACAUGACUCCAGUCCAUCAAUUAACUAAUUGUGAAGCAAAAAGCUAUGUCUUUGUAAGAAACCAAUUCAUCAUUA